AUGGCUACCGAAUCGUAUCCAAGGACAGUACUCUACUGCGGAGUAUGCACGCUCCCGCCUGAAUAUUGCGAAUUCGGCGGUACCACAAGAAAGUGUGAGGAAUGGCUUGAGGAGAACAAGCCGGAACUGCACAAGAAGUUGUACUCACAAGAAGCCCUCGAGCAAAACCUCUCCGCCCUCUCCCUCGACGCCCAAAAACGCGCCGAAAAAGACUCCCAGAAGAAAGCCGCCAAAGCCGCCGCCGCCGAAGCCCGCGACGCCGAAACGCGCGCCUCCUCCAAGAUUUUGAUUAAGCGCAUCGAGCGCAACAAGCGCAAGUACGUCACCGCCGUACAAGGUCUCGAGGCCUUUGGCCUGGACAUCAAGAAGGUGGCCAAGGACUUCGGCAAGAAGUUUGCGACGGGUAGUAGCGUGACGAAGGUGCCGGGCGGCGGGGAGGAGAUCACUGUGCAGGGAGACUUGAGUGAAGAUAUCCAGGAGUAUAUCGAGGAGAACUAUAAGAACGUGCCGGACGAUAAUAUUGAGUUGAUUGAGGAUAAGAAGAAGAAGAAGGCGGAGCAGCAGGCGGUAUGA